AUGCCUAUUCCUGCCUUACUCUCGCUGCUCCUGCUGGUGCCGUUUUCGGCUGCCGGCCCCCGACUUGCCCGUUCCGGACGUCCCGGUCUGUCCCCCACUCCUCCUACCUCAACCGUGAACAUGCUCACCUUUACCGUCGUCGCCACGGUAGCUCCAACCAUCAACAGCUGGCCCCAAGUUCUACAGCAUAUUUGCCCCGCCCCCGCCCCCGUUCCUCAAGGCCUGGGGCCCGCAGUUGGCGCUGGUCUGGGACACGGCAGCGCGGGCAACGGUGGGCUGCUGGAAGGCUACCAAGCAUCACCUGCGGGCGCGCGUCGAAUCGUCUACCUCGACACAUUUGCGGCCGUAGCCGAGCCGGCUCAUGGACGAGUCGCGGAGUGGGAGGAGUGGCAGUUCUUGCCCACCUUGGUCCACCCCAUCCCUAAACCGGCCGAUCAGGACGACAGCGAUGACGGAGACAAGCCUCAUCCUGGGCCACACCCACCAAAGCCACACCCGCCCCCAGCGAGGAUGGCAAUGACGGAGACAAGCCUCGUCCUGGGCCACAUCCACCAAAGCCACACCCGCCGCCUAGCCAGGAUGGCGAUGACGCCAUUCGACUUCCAGAUCUACAGCCAGUACCAGGACAAGGAGUCGAACCAAGACAAGCCACAGUUUUACCUCUCAUCGACGGAGCACAACUUCGGAAUCACAGUCUGA